AUGAAAGUCCAUUAUAUUAAUAUAUUAUUGUUUGAGCUUCCAUUAAAUAUAUUGAUAUAUAAUCAAAGGAACCAUAACAGCACAACACCACAUCAUCCACCAAAUACCAGGCUAUUAUGCGAAUGUGAAUGGUAUGCCCCAUCCAACUAUGAUAAUGACCCACAAAUGAAAGCAGUAAUGCAAGAUUUUGAUCGUCAAACGUCGCAACGUUUUGAAGAAUACAAUGAACGCUUGCUCGAAAACAAACAAAAAUGUAAAGAACAAUGCGAUAAAGAAAUACAAAAAAUUAUUUUAAAAGAUAAAUUGGAAAAAGAAUUGGCUGAAAAGUUUGUCACAUUACAAACAGAUAUACAAAGUGAUGCUAUUCCAACAUGCGUUUGCGAAAAAUCAGUCGCAGAUAAAGUUGAAAAAACAUGUUUAAAAUGUGGAGGUGUGUUGGGAGGUGGUGUGACACCUGCUUGGGGUCUUCUCAGCGGUAUUGUUUAUACUGGAUGGAAAGCAGCAGCGUUGGCAGCUGCUAAGGAACUUGCCGAAAAAGCCGGUGCAGCUGAGGGUGCUUCUCAGGGUGCUGCGGCGGGUGCCGUUGAAGUAAUUAAAUCAAUUAAAACAACAUUUGGUAUAGAAUCAUUAGGUGUUAAUCCAUUGCAAUCAUUAUUUAAUGCCGAAAAUUAUAUGAAUGCCAAAUUCAUUAGUGAAUCUAUUCAUUCUGAAUUUAUCAGUUCGGGAUGUGGAGCUAUUUUAAAACCCCCGAACAAGCCUAUUUGCACUUCUGUGUAUAAAGGAAUUGAAGCUACAUCGAGAGGUAAGGGUGUUAAGCCUAUAGAGUUUAUAGGAAAAAAAGUAGAAACUAUGGUUUCACAAGCCAAAGAUGUUGCUGAAGCUACAAAGGCUCAGGUGACUUCUGAAACUACUGCUACACUCACAGAUCUAAAGACCGGUGUGGUACAAACUACAUAUAUGGGUUACCAAACUGUUAUUAUUGCUUCUAUCGUUGCAAUAUUGUUAAUAGUUUUGGUUAUGAUUAUUAUUUAUUUAAUUUUACGUUAUAGACGAAAAAAAAAAAUGAAGAAAAAACUCCAAUAUAUCAAAUUAUUAGAAGAAUAG